CCUCAGUCAGACAUCCUGUUGCUUCACUCCCUGCUCCCAGGCACCUUCGGCUCCACCAGACAGAGACAGUAAGGAGAGAUAGAUAGUUUGAAAUAAAUAGUUAGCAAAAUUACAGGCCACCAAAUAUCAACCAUGAGCCACCCUUCAAUGAACCACCCUUCAGGACGCGCCUCCACCUCCUACCGUCGCACAUUCGGGGGCCCCAACCCCAUCUCGAUGUCCUCCUAUUCGCCUUCCUACUCCCGCAUGCCAAUAUCCAGCGGGCACUACAUGCGCUCUAUAUCACCUGUGGUGCCCACUCGCUCCUCCAACUACCACCACCAGCAGCGCCAGCGCUCCAGCACCCAGCCACCCCGUCUCACCUACGAAAAGGUGGACUUCCAGCUGGCCGACGCGGUCAACGCCGAGUUCCUGGCCACCCGCAGCAACGAGAAGGUGGAGCUGCAGGACCUCAACGACCGCUUCGCCAGCUUCAUCGACAAGGUGCACUACCUGGAGCAGCAGAACAGCGGGUUGCAGCAGGAGCUGAGCCAGUUCAAGGGUCAGCAGCAGGAGGGACAGCCCAACCGGGCCACCGAGCUCUUCCAGGAGGAGCUGAGGGAGCUGAGGCGCCAGCUGGACCACGUGGGAAAGGAGAGGGACCAGUACCAGGUGGAGAGGGACAACCUGGCAGAAGACAUGAACCUUAUCAAACAGAGACUGGAUGAGGAGAAUCAGAAGAGAUCUGAGGCUGAGAGCAACCUGCUUGUCUUCCGCAAGGAUGUGGAUGAUGCCACUCUGUCUCGCCUGGAGCUGGAGAGGAAGAUCGAGUCUCUGAUGGAUGAGAUUGAGUUCCUCAAGAAGCUACAUGAUGAGGAGAUCGAGGAGGUGCAGGUGAGUUUCCAGACACAGCAAAUGAAGAUGGAGGUGGACCAGACUGCCAGGCCUGACCUGACCGCUGCCCUCAAGGACAUCAGGGCCCAGUACGAGAACAUCGCCUCCAAGAACAUGUAUGAGUCUGAGGAGUGGUACAAGUCCAAGUUUGCUGACCUGACAGACUCUGCCAAGCGUAACACUGAUGCUAUGAGGCAGUCCAAGCAAGAGCAAAACGAGCACAGGAGGCAGAUGCAGUCCCUCAGCUGUGAGAUUGAUGCACUGAAGAGCACGAACGAGGCUCUGCUGAGGCAGAUGCGUGAGAUGGAGGACCAGUUUGGCGUGGAGGCCAAUAACUACCAGGACAACGUGGUCCGCCACGAGGACGAGAUCCACCACCUGAAGGACGAGAUGGCCCGACACCUGAGGGAGUACCAGGACCUGCUCAACGUCAAGAUGGCCCUGGACAUAGAAAUCGCCACUUACCGCAAGCUGCUGGAGGGAGAGGAGAGCAGGAUUACUGUUCCCAUGCAUCCCUCCCAGUAUGGCCGUAGUGGUGAUAGGGGCUAUGACCAUACCCCAGACACCCCUAGCAGGAAGCCUGUGGUGAUUAAGACAGUGGAGACUCGUGAUGGAGAGGUGGUGAAGGAAUCAAAGAAGGAGAAUGAGAGGAGUGAGAGGGAUGGCAAACAUGAUACUAAUGUCGGGGAUCAUGGCAGGGAUGACCACGAUGACUAGAAUAGUUAGGUACCAAUCACCUGUUCCAGAUUCAGAUGUAGCAAUACAACACAAAAGAACAACAAAAAAAAUAGUUAAAAGCUACAUACUCCAUAAUUGCUGUUCACAUUUCACCCUUUAAGAUCACAUUUUUCUGUAGAGCAGAGAGCCUGUAGUAUAUAUUUGUGCAAUGUUAAAAGUUGACGAAAUCUCAUUUAGAUAGCAAACUUAGUCACAGGAUGUGAUCGUGGUGCUAGUUUCAAUAAACGAUCAUUCCUCAUUGAAGAUAAAAUACAAAACAAAGACAGCCAUACAUGAGCAUACCCAGACACGAUAGUCCUAUUUUUCCACGAUAGGCAAAUUGAACCUUUUUAUCGAUACACCACUUGAGGCCUUGAUUUACAGUUAAAUUAUAUACUUUUUUUUGUAGCUGAACUUAUCAUUCAAUAAAAUGGGUAAAUGGAAAGUGGCAAAAACAAAGCAAAAGUUUUUUUUGUGAUCCCUCCACAAAAAAAAAAACAUCUCCGACAUGGUACUUUCUCCAGUCGAAGGACAUGAUUUGAUUUAGCUUUGAGAGACAGUGGACAACAAUCAAUACAAUUUAAAAAGGAGAGGGUCUUUGUAUAGUGUCAUGGAACUCUUGAUGUAAAAUAUUCUGCCAGAGAGGGACCACCAAUGGGAUUGAUUAUAGACACAUACAGAACAAUCAAAGGCCACAGUAGCAGCACCACACACUCUGCUCACAUUCCACUCACCUCAAAAUAGAAGGGAAAUGUGCUAUGCGAUUAUAUGAGAAUGUGUGUUUCUGACAGAAAUAGAGAAUAAAAAAGAGAAAGAAAAUGCUAAUAAAAUAAUCUGGGACAGAG